GCCGGUACAGACCCAUGAAGAAGAGCUUGUGCGCUUGCGCAGUUGUCAGAGCGGAAGAGACGCAGAGCAGCUUGGAGUGUUUUUAUUUCUGUUUCUUUGAGUCUCCGGUGAAACUCGAUGGCCGGAACCGCGCUGAAGAGACUCAUGGCGGAGUAUAAACAGCUGACUCUGAAUCCACCUGAGGGGAUCGUUGCAGGUCCAGCCAAUGAGGAGAACUUCUUUGAGUGGGAGGCCCUAAUCAUGGGUCCUCAGGACACGUGUUUUGAAGGUGGCGUGUUUCCUGCCUUGCUCAGUUUCCCCUCUGAUUAUCCUCUCAGUCCUCCAAAGAUGAGGUUCACCUGUGACAUGUUUCACCCCAACAUCUAUCCCGACGGCCGGGUGUGUAUCUCCAUCCUUCACGCCCCAGGAGACGAUCCCAUGGGAUAUGAGAGCAGUGCAGAGAGGUGGAGUCCAGUCCAGAGCGUGGAGAAGAUCCUGCUGUCGGUGGUCAGUAUGUUGGCAGAACCAAACGAUGAGAGUGGAGCGAAUGUUGACGCCUCUAAAAUGUGGCGCGAGGACAGAGAGCAGUUUUACAAACUCGCCCAGAAGAUCGUACGCAAGUCGCUGGGCCUUUAGAGAUGAUGUCAUCACCCUAAGAUGUCAUCAAAC